AUGAGCGGCAGCGGUAAACUGCCCCCAGCAGCCGUCAAGAAGGUGCAGGCGGUGAUCAUGCAGGUUGGACUCGAAUUCAUAUUCUAUGGAAUCCACUUAACGCUGUUCAUUAUAGCCAUGAUCUUCAUCGCACGGCGACCGUCCAAUACCUGGGUUGUACCAACGGUCACGGUCCUUAUAUUCCUUACUGUAUCCUCAUGGACAUUUGCGGACCUUCACCUCAUCGUCCGCGAGCAGCUCGCUCUGCAACUCAACCCCUUCGUUAUCCUUCAGACCAUCAAAAUGUUCAAGGACAUCAAUACGAUGGAGGUCGCCAUGGUCCGCGUCAACUUCAUCCUCUGCGACUUCGUCGUAGUCUGGCGCGCGUGGAUAGUGUGGACGGGGAAUAAAUACGUGCAUGGUCUUCUCGUACUCUGUUUGGUCGCGUCUGUCGCCUGCAGCGUCGCGGACUUCGUCAUUACCUACCACACGAUCCAAAACCUCGAUAUCUACGGCCCUGCCGAGACUCGCGUGCUCCUCGACGUCGUCCCUCUGCUGGUGACAAACAUCGUCGCCAGCGCGCUCGUCGGCAUCAAAGUAUGGGACUAUCGGCGGACUAUCAAGCGCUCGCUCGGGCAGCGCUCAAGGACGACGGUGGAGAAGGUCAUGAUGUUGCUGGUUGAGUCGGGGUUGAUUUAUGCGGCGAUUUGGAUCCUAUACCUCGUGCUCUCACUUACAAAUAUCAAGAACUUCAUGGAUAACACCGGCGGCCUCUUCGUGGUGUGGCGGGCCUCGCUGAGCUUUGUGGGAGUAUAUUCGACGAUCGUCAUCAUCAUAGUCUCCAGGAUGAAGGCGCCGACGUACAUCGUCGGGAGCAACGGCGUCAGCGCCUCGGGCAUGUCCGUCUCCCAGCCCAUCAAGUUGCGGACGUUCAGCUCGUCAGGCGGGACCACCUCUGCGGGGGAGUCCAGCACUGCAGGCGCGUCCAGUACAGCAGGCCCCGGGCGAUCUUACCUCGAAACCGUGUCGUCGGAUACAUUGCGGACGCCUAGGCAGAGUGAAGAUGAUAUGUAUAUGACCGACGGAGGCGAUGUGGUGUGGCAUAGACAUAGACUGACGGGCGAGGAGGUGAAGUAUGAGGAUGAGUUGUAA